AUGGCGGCGGCCGGGGUGGCGGGAAGCGGCUUGGCGACCGCGGCGGGCUCCCUCUUCAGCCGCAGCCGGUUCCGGGGCUGUCUUCUCGGGGCUCUGCUGGGCGACUGCCUGGGUGGCGGCUUCGAGGCCCUGGAGUCGGUCAGCCUGACGGAGCUGCUGCACUUCGUGCGCUCCUUGCAGCCGCCGGAGAAAGAGGAGGAGGGACCCGCGACGGGCGACGACCCUAUCUGCGGCGCUAGGAAAACCCUCUUUUACAGUGAUGACACAGCCAUGACACACUCUGUAGUGAGGUCGCUGUUGGCCAAGCAAGAUUUUGAUGAAGUGGAUAUGGCAAAGCGGUUUGCUGAAGAAUACAAGAAAGACCCUGACCGGACCUAUGGAAGGGGUGUGAUUACGGUGUUCAAGAAGCUCCUCAGCCCCAAGUGCAGAGACGUUUUUGAGCCAGCAAGACAGCAGUUUAAUGGGAAAGGUUCCUAUGGUAAUGGUGGUGCCAUGAGGGUAGCAGGCAUCCCAUUGGCUUACUCUAAUGUUCAAGAUGUGAAGAAGUUUGCUAAACUGAGUGCCGAGCUGACCCACUCCAACUCCCUGGGUUAUAAUGGAGCCAUACUACAGGCCUUAGCAGUUCACUAUGCUCUCCAGGGGGAGCUGAAUCGGGACAGGUUCCUGGAGCAGCUGAUCGGCCACAUGGAAGAUGUGGAAAUGGAUGAUAAGUCUGUCGCUGAUGCACGAAUGCUUGGCUAUGAAGAAUUGCCCUUUUCAAAGCGGCUAAAGAAGAUCAAAGGAUUUCUGGAACAGAGCACCGUGCCGAAUUCAGAUGUGCUAGACGAAUUAGGCAAUGGCAUUGCAGCUCUGCAUUCAGUCCCUACUGCCAUAUAUUCCUUCCUGCGCUGCAUGGAAUCCCAUCCAGAUAUCCCCGAGGACUACAAUUGCCUGCAGCGGACCAUCAUCUACUGCAUCUCACUGGGUGGGGAUACGGACACCAUUGCAACCAUGGCUGGAGCCAUAGCUGGAGCUUAUUAUGGGGAAGAGCAAGUACCCCAAAACUGGAAGCAUAGCUGUGAGUCUUUUGAAGAGACAGAGAAACUAGCUGAUAGUUUGUAUGAACUCUAUUGUCAACGCCAGAGGGAAUCUGGUACCCAGUAAUGGGCUGUUUGUGCCCUGCAAUCUCUGUUCAUCCUUCAGAGGAUGUAAAGCACAUCUGAAAUUAAAGGGGAUUGUUCCAUCAAGGGAAAUACUCUUAGGAAGCACUGAAUGUCUUGAUGAUGAUUCUGUAUAACCAAAUGCUCAUUUGCUUGCUGCUGGAGAGCUUUUUUUUUUUUUAACACCCUCUCUAAUCUUACUGUUAAAUCUUGGUGUCAGAUCAAGGAACCUCUUUGUUCGCUGUGCCAGGCAUCUGUGCAUUUCAAGGUCCUUGGCUCAAGGUGAACUUCGCAGUGGUUUGAAAAGUAAGCUUGCCCUGUGUAGCAGUUGGGCUGUGCUAGAGGUAGAAUGGGAAGCUGUACUUACAACAACUAAGAUAAAGGGCAAAGCUUGUAAGCCUGGCCCUACAGCUCACGCUCGGGUGCAAGUUCAUCAAACAAGUCUUCUGGAUUCUGAAUGUAAGUUGCCUUUUCCCUCUGACUGUUACAUUAUAUUUCCUCUUGUGACUGAGUAGGACUUCUGGAGUCUGAUUCUCUGCACAUCUUUCAUAUCAAGAGUAAUUAGUAAAUUUUUAAAAGCUGCUACCUAUAAAUCAAAGGUAUCAAGGGAGCUUCUUGUAUUUUGAUUACAGGGAACAAAGUAACCAAAUUUAAGCUGACACAAAUUGAAGAAUCAAGUCCCAGCAGAAAGCUCUGCAGUUCUCCAAUGCAGAAAGGAUAGUUCCCCUCAAGGAAGGGCUUCCCUGUUAAUUAACGAUACCCUGACCCUUGGAAGUUGGGGGGAGCCUCCGUACGCAUCACGUGACCCCUAACUGGAUCAGUCCUUGAAUGGAUGGGUAUGGCAGGGAGACUGGGCCUUUGGUAUUCCCUGGUUUACAAACCUUCAUAUUUUAUUUCAUGUUGCAAAUGAUGACUUAAGAACAAACUAAAGAUGAGUAAUGCAAAUGUUUUUACAUAGGCUUAAUUUUCUUACAGGGGAUGACUGAAAUACAAUUUUUUUUGUAAAAUAAGAUUUAUUGAUGUUGGGUCAAUACAAUCAAGUACUGUAGUUUCAAUUCAGAAGUGAAGGCCAGUUUUUGAUCACAAAAUAAGAGUGCAUUUUAAACCAAAUUUACUAUGAAACAGUGCAUGUAACAUAAGUAUUUACAAAACUAAAAAAACCCUCUAUAUACUAGGUUAGAAAUGAAGAUACUAGAGGCAAUUUUUUUUUUAAAAAAGUAAGAAUUGGUAUAUAAAAAUGCAUAUUGUAAUGCAUAGUUGAAGUCUUCAAACCUGAUCUUUCUACCGACUGAAACCAAAUUUCCCCCUUUUUUUGUACAUGAAAACCCAACAUUUAUCUCGGACAAAUACCAGGUAUGUUUUUACUUCAGUAAAAAUAAACUAAUCCAUGACUU